AUGGCGAGCCAGAAGAAUGUCGAGUUCCGGACAGCAGAUGGUGUCACUCUUCGAGGACGGUUACUCUUCAACGCAGUCAAGGAGAUGGUCGGCGUCCCGUCGGCCGCGCAGCACUUCCAAGACAGCGGCUUCACCGUCCUGCUCUUCGACUCCCGCAGCGUCGGGCAGAGCGACGGCACGCCGCGCAACGACAUCGACCCCUUCAAGCAGACAGAGGACCUGAGCGACGCGCUGACCUUCCUGGCCGCGCAGCCCUCGGUCGACCCGGCGCGCCUGGGGGUCUGGGGCAUGUCGCUAGGCGGCGCCGUGGCGCUGUGCACGGCGUGCUUCGACACGCGCGUGCGCUUCGCCGUCGGCGUGUGCCCGGCCGUCGAGUACCGGUACGACGGCGCCAAGCUCCCCAGGGUGCUGGCCAAGGUGACGCGGGACCGCGAGUCGCGCAUCAAGGGCAACGCCCCCCUCUACGUGCCCAUGAUGGACGAGGCCCGCGGCGAGAACCCGGCCGGCUUCGACCUGGGCGUCGAGAAGGCCGCCGCGCUGCGCAUCCUCGGCGCCCGCGACGACUCCAUCGCCACCCGCACCGAGCUCGCUCCGGGACACGUCAACCGUACCACCAUCCAGUCAUACCUCCGCAUCCUCAUGUGGCGGCCCGCGGGCCUGUGGGCCGAGCACCUAAGGGUGCCGACGCUGCUCGUCGUGCCUGAGGACGACGCCUUGGUGGGGAUGGAGCGCAACAGGGAGGUUUUUGAGAGCUUGGAGUGCCCCAAGAGUAUGCGUGUGGAGCCUGGACGAGGGCACUUGGACAUUUUGGAAGGGGAGAACCUCCCUGAGCUGAUGAAAAUCCAGUCGGACUUCGUAUCGCAAGCUUUGAAGAAGUAA